AUGCCGAUCGGUGCCUUCGCCCUGCGCUUCAACAAUGCGAGGCUGGAAAAGCUGACGAACCGCGUGAUGUGUUUAGCGGGCAUCGCACUUGUUUUGCUUUUCAUGAGGCUUGCAGUGGGCCUUCUGAUUCCAAGCCAUUUGAUGCAGGAGUUUCACAGCCAAACAGAUGGCUUCACAGCCCCAGGGCUGACCAUUGGCCUGCCUGGACUGGCUUUGAUGUUCGGAUUGAUUGUUCCAGUCUGUGGAUACUGUGGUGCCAAAUACAACAAUCGUCUUGCCGUUGGCUUCUUUGCAUGGUGCAACUGUCUAAUAGGCUGCCUCCAAGUUCUACUGCUGAUUCUCUGCAUCCUUGGAUUACUUGCCAUGGGAUCCGUGGUGGAGCGCUGCAAACCAGGCGAGGCGCAUCGGGAUGUCGACCUUCUACAUGCUUGCAAUGAAAUUAUGCAGGGAUGCAAAUAUAUGAAGAGCUCCAACUUUGACUUAGCGAAAUAUGAGGGAUGCUAUGACUAUAUGUCGUCUGAGAUGUCUCCAGUGAUGGGUUUCUUGGGUCUUUGUGCAGCAUUGAGUUGUUGUGUUGGUUGCCUGGCAUUCGGCAGUUGUUGCUGGGGCAGGGAACUACACAGUGCCAUGGAUUAUCAAGAACUAUGCAUCGAAUCGUCAGAUGACGCUUGA